UAGUUACUUAAUUGUGUUGUUGAUAGACGAGUCAAUUUACAUUAUAUAACUUGUAUUUUGAUGAUCUACAUAAGUUCAGAAUGUUAUUCAUAAAAUAUCUUAAUAUAAUUUUAUUAUUGAUCAACAGUAACAUAGUUUAUUCACAUGUGUCACCAUCUGAUUUUUUCGCUAAACAAUCUUUUCUCAUACAAACUGGAUUUUCAAACAUUGUGUGGACUUACAUUGAAUCCAGUGAUUUUAAACAUCAAAAUGUUUCUUCUCCAUGCAAAUCUAGUUUAUAUCAUGCUGUUGAAUCGAGUGAACAAGGAAAUGAUUGGCCAUUUAAAUUAUUUGAAGCUUCAGGACGUGUCCCAGCUGAUUUCACAGGAUUGGGUUACAUUGAUCCUGGUAAUUAUGAGCAAUGUUUAAACCUUGAUUGGAUUGGACCGAGUGGACUGAAAGAAGCGUCCAAAUAUUGUUUAACCUCUUUAUUACCAAAUAAUGAACAAUCCGCACAUACAAAAAUUUACACUCAAGAUAAGUUGAUUGACGAGAGACAUGCUUUGGAUAUUCAAAUUGGUUUUUGUAUUCCAUCAACUUGUUCAAAUGAUGAUCUAACUAUCGUACUAACAGAAGCUUUGAAAGCAUAUUCAUGGGAUCUAGUUGCUAUCAGAAAUUGUGAAGUUAAAACACAUUUCAUCGAGAGGUUGGUCCAAGCCUCAACACUUCAAAAGAUUUGUCUAUCAAUCUUGGCUUUUCUUAUUUUCACUGUGUUAUACUCAACAUAUUUGGAUAGAAAAUUGAAACGAAAUGAAUCCGAAUCGCCAAGAAAAUUAGCCUGGUAUAAACACUUCUCAAUCUACUCAAGUUAUCGUCAAAUUGUCCAGCCAAACAUGUCUUCGGAUCGCAUGUUGUCUCUCAUUAAAUUUGCUAUUUUAUUGCACUCAAUAGUUUUGAUAUUACAUACAUUAAUAUGGCCAAGUUUCAUCAAAGCUUUCCCUUUCAUAGCCGUUUCUAGCGGAGUUACACAUUAUAAAGACACUAAAAUACCAAUAUACGUAAACGGUGAAUGGAUCAAUGAAGGAUUAUUUGUUUAUGGAGGAUUCGCUCGUUCUGCGGAUCUAUGGAAAAAUGUUGGACCAGAAACAUCAUUCAUUCGGUUACUCGUCAAUAUUUUGUUCAAAUUCAUUGCAUUAUCAAUUUUGAUGACAAGUACAAUGUUUGUUCAGAUAGUGUUGCCGUUGUUCACUUCUGGACCCUCUGGUAUAAUUAAAAGCUCAGCAAAUGCCUGCGAAAAGUCUUUCUUCAAAGUCAUCUUUGCACAGGCACAUUGGAUUGACGACCCAUAUGAUGCGUGUGUUAUACAUUAUUGGUCAGUCUGCGUUGAAUGUCACUACUUAAUCCUAGUUGUAACGCUCAUCUACCUUUAUAAACGCCAUCCAAAAGCUGCUUUAUCCCUGAACAUCAUUUCAUUGGUUGCUGCCUUACUUUUAGUCGCUGUGCAUACUUACCACAACCAAUAUCCAUUUCAAAUUGGUAGUCGAGGUGCCGAUAAUUUUGAUGAAACACUAAGAUAUGUUGUCAACGUCAACAUGACAGCUUCAAGGCAUCUUUGGAUUUACCUGUUGACAACCUUGUGCAUCUAUCUGAUAAUGAAUUCUCAUCAUUAUAUAAUAAACAAAGUUCAUCGUCUAGGAAUCAUUUCUCGAAAUCUUACUAUUUUUGGCAUUUUCCUGACAAUCAAUCGUCUGCUCUACAUGCUUGUGACCAACUUUAACAACACUCGAUUAAAUGAUGCCAUUUAUAGCGUGUUACAUCGCAUUUUGAUUAUCAUAUUUUAUUCCUUCGUUAUGUUUCUCCAUGGCGAGGAAACAAAAAGAUACUGUUCAAAUAAAGUCGGAAAGGUUGGAAUAGAGGAGAGUAACAAUAAUGAUAACAGCAAUAACAAGGGGAAUAUUGAAGAUACCUCAAUCAGCCCUGGAAGAGUGAAAUUUUAUCACAUUGUCUCUGCCAUUUUGCGUUCCAGUUACUGCAUUCACCUGCCAAUAUUGAUCAUGUUCACAAGCUCUUUAAAGAAUCCAAUUUUGACACAAAGUGAACUUAUUUACCAUGUAACCAUGCAAAUUGUUUGCUGUUUAAUCGGUGGAUUUUUAUUCCAUUUAUUUUUCAUUGGACCGUUAACCAGUAUUUUUAUUUCAUUGAAAAAAUCCAAAUCUCAUUGAAUGUUACAAGAAAUUUUAAUGUCUAAUCAAUCCACAAUACUAAUAAGAGUGACAAACUGUUAAUACCACUGUCGCAAUGCGAUAAAUUGAUAAUAAAAAAAUCUAAAGGAUGUUGUGGCAAAAAGUAGACUUUAUUUAUUUGAUAAAGAAACAAGAAAGAUCACGAUUGGGAAACUUGUACAGUUAACAUUGAAAUACCCAAAUUAUCCAUGUGAUGUAAAAAUUAGAAGUUAUGAGAAAUAAAGAAUCUCAUGGAAACAAA